AUGUCCAAGGUAACGGCGCCCGGGCCCGGGCCGCCGGCGGCGGCGGCGGCGGCGGCGGCGGCGGCGGCGGCGGCGGGCGGGAAGGAGAAGCGCUCCUUCAGCAAGCGGCUGUUCCGGAGCGGCCGCGCGGGCGGCGGCAGCGGCGGCGCUGCGGGGCCCGGAGCGGCCGCGCCCGCCUCGCCCUCGUCGGCGCGCUCGGUGGGCAGCUUCAUGAGCCGCGUCCUCAAGACGCUGUCCACGCUCUCGCACCUCAGCUCCGAGGGCGCCGCCCCGGACCGCGGCGGCCUCCGCAGCUGCUUCCCGCCCGGGCCGGCCGCCGCGCCCACGCCGCCGCCGUGCCCGCCGCCGCCCGCCGCGCCCGCGCCGCCCGCCAGCGCCGCCGAGCCGGUGCCCGGGGUGGCGGGGCUCCGGAACCACGGCAACACGUGCUUCAUGAACGCCACGCUGCAGUGUCUCAGCAACACCGAGCUCUUCGCCGAGUACCUGGCGCUCGGCCAGUACCGGGCGGGGCGGCCCGAGCCCUCGCCUGACCCCGAGCAGCCUGUGGGCCGCGGCACGCAGGGCCAGGGCGAGGUCACCGAGCAGCUGGCGCACCUGGUGCGGGCCCUCUGGACCCUGGAGUACACCCCGCAGCACAGCCGCGACUUCAAGAGUAUUGUGUCAAAGAAUGCACUGCAAUAUCGGGGAAAUUCCCAGCAUGACGCCCAGGAGUUUCUGCUGUGGCUUCUGGACCGAGUUCAUGAAGACCUCAAUCAUGCUGUGAAACAAAGUGGCCAGCCUCCUGUGAAGCCACCAUCAGAGACUGAUAUGAUGCCCGAGGGACCAUCUUUUCCUGUCUGUAGCACUUUUGUACAAGAACUUUUUCAAGCCCAGUACAGAUCUUCUUUGACAUGUCCUCACUGUCAGAAACAGAGCAACACUUUUGACCCGUUCCUCUGCAUUUCUUUGCCAAUUCCUCUACCCCACACAAGGCCUCUCUAUGUUACCGUAGUGUAUCAGGGGAAAUGUUCUCACUGCAUGAGGAUUGGUGUGGCUGUGCCUCUGUCUGGGACUGUCGCCAGGCUUCGGGAAGCAGUGUCUAUGGAAACAAAGAUCCCCACUGAUCAGAUUGUGUUAACGGAAAUGUACUAUGAUGGGUUCCAUCGUUCCUUUUGUGAUACAGACGACCUGGAAACAGUCCAUGAAAGCGACUGCAUUUUUGCCUUUGAGACUCCAGAAAUAUUUAGGCCUGAAGGAAUUCUCAGUCAAAGAGGAAUCCACUUAAACAACAAUCUAAAUCACUUGAAAUUUGGAUUGGAUCAUCAUCGACUGUCUUCUACACAAGCAUCAGCAAAGCAAGGGAAAACAGACUUGCCCCCAACAAGAGCAGGAAGCGACAAGAUUGUUCUAUUAGUGUGUAACCGAGCCUGCACUGGGCAGCAAGGGAAGAGGUUUGGACUGCCUUUUGUUCUGCACUUAGAGAAGACAAUAGCAUGGGACCUUCUGCAGAAGGAGAUCUUGGAGAAGAUGAAGUAUUUCUUGAGGCCCACAGUUUGCAUUCAGGUGUGUCCAUUCAGUUUGCGUGUUGUUAGUGUUGUGGGGAUAACAUACUUGCUGCCCCAGGAGGAGCAGCCGCUGUGCCACCCAACAGUAGAAAGGGCAUUAAAAUCUUGUGGACCAGGUGGCACUGCACAUGUGAAGUUAGUGGUAGAAUGGGACAAGGAAACAAAAGACUUCUUAUUUGUAAAUACUGAAGAUGAGUAUAUUCCUGAUGCAGAAAGUGUCCGUCUGCAGAGGGAGCGUCAUCAUCAGCCUCAGACUUGCACUUUAUCCCAGUGUUUCCAGCUCUACACCAAAGAGGAGCGGCUUGCCCCAGAUGAUGCCUGGCGUUGCCCACACUGUAAGCAGCUGCAGCAGGGGAGCAUUACGUUAAGCCUCUGGACUCUGCCUGAUGUGCUUAUUAUACAUCUAAAGAGAUUUCGACAGGAAGGAGACAGGCGUAUGAAACUUCAGAACAUGGUCAAGUUCCCCUUGACUGGCCUGGACAUGACACCUCAUGUGGUUAAGAGAAGUCAGAGCAGCUGGAGCUUGCCAUCCCAUUGGUCUCCGUGGAGACGGCCCUAUGGACUCGGGAGGGACCCUGAGGACUACGUCUAUGACCUGUAUGCUGUGUGCAAUCAUCAUGGCACCAUGCAAGGGGGGCACUACACAGCGUACUGUAAGAACUCUGUGGAUGGCCUCUGGUACUGCUUUGAUGACAGUGAUGUGCAACAGCUAUCAGAAGAUGAAGUUUGCACACAGACAGCAUACAUCCUUUUCUACCAGAGGCGGACAGCUAUUCCAUCAUGGUCAGCCAAUAGCUCAGUGGCAGGCUCCACGAGUUCCUCCUUGUGUGAACAUUGGGUGAGCCGGCUCCCGGGGAGCAAGCAAGCCAGUGUGACCUCCGCAGCUUCCUCCAGACGCACCUCCUUGGCCUCAUUGUCUGAGUCGGUGGAGAUGGCCGGGGAGAGGAGUGAAGAUGAUGGAGGUUUCUCCACUCGGCCAUUCGUGAGAAGUGUCCAGCGUCAGAGCUUGUCAUCCAGAUCUUCUGUCACCAGCCCUUUGGCCGUUAAUGACAAUUGCAUUAGACCUUCUUGGUCCCUGUCCGCUAAGCUGCAGAUGCGCUCCAAUUCUCCCUCCCGGUUCUCAGGGGACUCUCCGAUCCACACCUCUGCCUCCACCUUGGAGAAGAUUGGGGAGGCAGUGGAUGACAAAGUCUCCAUCUCCUGCUUUGGCAGCUUGCGGAACCUUUCCAGCAGUUACCAGGAACCAAGUGAUAGUCACAGCCGACGUGAGCACAAGGCUGUGGGUCGGGCCCCUCUGGCUGUCAUGGAAGGUGUGUUCAGAGAUGAAUCAGACACCCGCAAAUUGAACUCCAGUGUUGUAGACACACAGAGCAAAAACUCAGCACAAGGGGAUCGUGUGCCCCCCAUCUCCGAUCCAUUUGAUAACAAUAACCAGAUUGCUUAUGUGGAUCAGAGCGAUUCUGUAGACAGCUCUCCAGUCAAAGAGGUGAAACCCACAAACCACCCGGGCUCCCUCACAAAGAAACCAGACAGCACAGCCAAGAGAUCCCCCAGUUCCAAAGGCGCUUCUGAACCAGAUAGAAGCUUGCGGAAGGGGAGACCAGUCUUGGCAAGCCAGGAAUCAUCUCUUUCAAGUACAUCCCCUUCUUCUCCUGUUCCUGUAAAAGUUUCUGUAAAGCCCUCCCGCUCCCGAAGCAAAGCAGAUUCUUCUUCCAGGGCCAGUGGACGGCAUUCCUCCCCUGCCCCUGGCCAGUCCAGAAAGGAGUCCUCCCCCAAACCCCAGGACUCCGUGUCAUCUCCUUCGCCCCAACGGCAAAAGUCCUCUUCCUCCCUCACCUACACCGCUUCCUCUACAUCUGCCAAAAAAGCUUCGGGCCCUGCUGCAAGGGGCCCCUUCCCUCCUGGGAAGAGCAGGACUUCAGACCGGAGCUUGAGUAGAGAGGGCUCCAGGCAAAGCCUUGCUUCGGAUAGAGCCAGCGUUACCUCCAGCUCUAAACCCAACUCCCCCCGGGUGAGCCAGGCCAGGGCAGGGGAGGGCCGCGGGGAUGGAAAGCAUGUCAGGAGCUCCUCCAUGGCCAGCCUGCGUUCCCCCAGCACGAGCAUGAAGGCUGGUCUCAAGAGGGACAGCAAGUCGGAGGACAAGGGGCUGUCUUUCUUCAAGUCAGCCUUGAGACAGAAGGAAACCCGGCGGUCAACUGACCUUGGCAAAACAACCUUGCUCUCCAAGAAGGUUGCUGGGAGCUCUGUCAAGCUGGCUGGUAAGAGUGGCAUGGACGACAAGGCAGAGAAAGGCUACCAGUCUCCAGGUGCCCAGCAGCCAAAUGCAAGUACAGUUGGAAAAGAGCAGUUUGUCUCUAAGGACCCUGCUUCUGCUAAACAUUCCCUGCUGUCUGCUCGUAAAUCCAAGUCUUCCCAGCUAGAUUCUGGAGUGCCCUCGUCUCCUGGUGGCAGGCAGUCUGCUGAGAAAUCCUCAAAAAAGUUAUCUUCUAGCAUGCAAACCUCUGCACGGCCUUCUCAAAAACCUCAGUGAUGUUUCUGCAAUCCAAGUGUUUUAUCUGUAAAGAUGUUUAUUUAUUUAGAACCCUUUCCCUCCCACCAAAGCCCUCUAUGCUUUUGUUUUGUAUGUUUUGGGUCACGUGCCUGGUGUGUGUGUGUGCGCGUGCGCGAGUGUAUGUGUGUGUAGAAUUCAACUGCAGAUUGUUAAAAGCGUCGCCUUAUUCUGCCAUUGAACCAAAUAACAGCCAUAGGCAAAGCAUUGAUACAAGCUAACUGGAAUAAUGUAGAUGAGACCCUGGGCGGUCCCUUUAGCAAUUGUACAUACUUUCUAGAGAACUCUAAUGACUUUUGUUGGACACUAGGGUUUGGAAAUCUGUGAACCAGUUAAGCUGUCAUUAGUGUGUACUGUAGAAGGAUUGGGUUAUUUGACUUGGGUUUCAUCUGAGCAGGAUUUGUCCUCACAGCUGAUUGUCGUGUGGCACCAGGAGCUCUAAAAACUGUGACACUAACAGUGAAACCAACAAACCGAGAGAAGACUUUGCUUUCUGCACUUUGGCCCCAUCUACCAGUCUCUGUAAAGGGCAAUAUUUUAACACUAAUGUUUCUCAGGUAUAUACUCAGCUAGUCUACAGUGGAUGCGCAUCAGUAAAAGGGUUAAUGAAGGAGGUGGCCUGUGGGGUGACUGUCAUUUCUCUGACUGCCACAGAUAGAAAUUUCUAGAGGUAGGAAAGAAGUCUUUCAUACCUUCAUGUCUGCACAGAUGUAUGUAUCAUAAGCUGUCUUGAUUCUUAGGAUAUGUCCUAAGAGGUGGUACAUUUGGACAGCCAGAGAGCCAGUCACUAGUUCAUUUUGUUUUUCUUCUAAAUUUGCUACGCUAAGGCCUUUGAAAUGCAGUAGAGCAGUUAACACAUUUGAAAGAUUCCUGGAAAAAAAUGGAUUCUGAAUUGGAUGCAUGAAUCUGUACCAUUUUCCUUCUCUGGUGUUGCCUUUUUCUGUGUUAGAAGCUAAAGCUCCAUGCUGCCUUGCGUGCACAUGCCUGUGUUUCUUGUAACUUGGAGAAGAAAGAAGUUGCCUAAUGCCAAAAGUCAGUUAGUUGAUGGCGUGUUGAAGCAAUGUGUGACACAGUAUUACGUGUGCACUUCUGAUCCUGCCUGCCUGUCAAAGUUGUAGAUUGCUUUUCAGUAAGUCAUUUUUUUCUUUGUGCUUAAGAUUUCAUCUCUUAACCAGAACUCAAAAGUAGGAGUGGGGCAUGUUCCAUCUGGCAUUGUCAGUGCAAAUUACAUUUCAUGUUUAGAAAACAAGGGAACCUCACAGAAUCUCACAGAUAAGCAAGAUAUGUAGUUUUUCAAGCUUUCUGGAGGUAUCCUGGCUAUUUAUAGCCUUUUUUCCCCCAUUUUUAUAUUUUUUUAAAAUGUCGAGAGUCAUGGUCCUGAUUCUCUUUGAAUUGCAUUUGUCACUUUGCCAUGAAGUAUAGCAUGCUAAGUUUAUAUGCUUUUAAAUAUUAACUUUUUAAAAAAAAUUAAAGCCUUCCAAUUCUUCCUGAACUCUUGGUGCACAGAUCCAUUUAUAACCUUCCUUUUCAGUAUUGCUCUGUGUGAAGUAGUUAGAACACAUGCAUAUGAAUAGUUAUGAAUUCUGCACUGCCUUCCCCCCCCCCCCCCCCAGUACCUCUUGGGAAGUAUUUCCCAUAGGUUUCUAACUUUAUUUUGCUGCUAUUUUGAGCAUUAGCAGGUAACUUGCGAGUCUGGAGGCCAUUUAUGUUGAGGAUAGCUAGAAUUUUAGACCCUUGCAAUAUUUAAGACUUAGCUCCUCAGCUUUGUGAAAGCUACCAUAGUGCUCCAUGAAGUUCAUUGAACGUGAGCCUGUUGCCCUGUGCACUUGGUCCUAUACUCACCCCUUCACUCGGUGUCCCUGUUUCACUGCACAGGCGUCUGGUUUCCCAAAGCAGCAUUCCUCUCCUCUGCUGUAGUGUGACUGUGUAAGACCGGUUGCCAUCAGUGUUGUUCCUGCCUCUGCGGGCACACUGACAGCCCCAUCAGUGUUUGGCCACUGCUAGUUUUUCAGUGUCACAUUUAUUUCCUGGAAAGGAUACACCAAGUAUGGGAUCGUCAGUACCAGGAAUUGAAUGUCUGAUUGGAGCUUCUUGUCUUUCUUUGAAAUAAGUGAAUAUCCUGUGAAAUCUAUCUGAAGCUCUGCAAUAGCCUUGGAAUUGAGUUUGACUACAAAAAGGAUUUUAAUAACACCUUUCUCUAGGGCUACUAUCAGUUAAGCAUUAGUAGAAUGUAGUUUAAUUUUCAUAGUGGCAAAUAUUUUUAUUCUCGAGUCCUCCAGGAAUGGAUUUUCCAUUAUAUCUAGUGUUUUAAGCAAAAAACAAUUCUCCAAAUGUCUUUAAUUUUCCAUGGGAUCUAGAAAUAAAAUUUAAGCAUCUGUAAACUAUAUAUCUAUGGAGUUUAGUCCCCUUUUUUGGAUAUAAAAAAAAAUCAGGAAGUGUGGCAUUGUCUAGGCAUCUUUAAGCUGUUUCAUUUCUGGGCUUGGUAAAUAAUGAAAAUCACAUCCCUAGCUACAGGUACAACCUUUAAGCCACAGAAAAGGAUAUUUGCCCAAAAGUUUGGAGAUGCUCUUUGAGGUGUGGAAGAUCUUAUUGGAAAAUUAUUACUUGGUUCAAUUCAGUUGUUUGGUAGGCAAGUUAGUUGUUUGGUAGGGACUUGGUGUUUGCUUUGUUUUUUAUUUUCCCAGUGAUGUUUGGCACAUUGAGCAUAUCUAUGCUUUGAGGUUAAAAAUUAUCUGCUGAGGAUGGUGGGCCUGGGUUUCUGGUUGACAACUAGGUGGGUCUGAGUAGAGCAGUCAUUUCCUGGUAGGCACAGAAUAAUCCCUGACAGUAGUGUUGUUCUGUAAUGUUUUUUUGCUUUUAAAAAGCUUUUUAUUUUUGAUUUCUUUUCCUGUGAACAUCCAGUGCACUGAGACCAUGUCAUUCCUUCAGACAGCCCUGCACCUUGCCUCUGUAAUCCCUUAUAUAAUGUGGAAGCACAAAGAAACCGUUAAGCUCACUUCAUCUCAAGAUCACCUCCCAGCCCUUAGGGUUUCCCAUCCUAAAAGCAGCCUAACUGAAAUGAAUACCUUGCUGGACCAAUAGAAACGGACGUGGGAAUAUUUGUGGUCUGGUAAAAUAUUGUAAUUUGAUAUGAGGCUGCCCUCAACCCUUGUAAUCAUUCUUCAUUCAUUCAUUCAUUCAUUCAUUCAUUCUGCAAACGUUCGUUGAGGGCCUGCUUUGCUCGUAAAGGCGAGCAGAAAGUGUCAGGAAUUUGCUGUAGUCGAGGAGCCCUGGGAGCGCAGCUGAUGAGCCAAGGGAUGCCUGUGAUACCCCAAAUGGAGUGACGGUCCCCGACCCCCGAACAAAGAGAGCAAGUGGAUUCUGGUGAACCGGCCAAGGCCUGUGGUCCUCUUGAGCAAGUCUCUCCUGUUCCGGAAACCAAAAGUGCCCUUCUUCAUCUUUGGAGACAUUUUACUCUUACAUCUACUUUUUUCAGACUGAGCUGUCUCUGCUACUUAGGGGUUGAAAAUCCAUUACAAAGUCACUUUCCAUUAGAAUUUGGUCAUCCAUGUUUGUAUGAAACAGAUAUGGGGAUGCGGGGGUGGGGGACAAAUUGCCAUCUCUCUAAAGAAACUAUCAUGGAAAAAACUAGGGACAGUAUGUAAAGGAAGCAACAAUGGCAGCCUUGAGGAAAAAUGGAACAGAGAAGAGCUGUGAACAGAGCUCACUUAUUUCAAAUAAAUGUGUUUUUAAAAAUA